AUGGAACUCCCGAAAACCCAUUCAGGCUCAGACUUGGCUGUGCCUCUGAUCAAGAAUGAAUCGCCCUGCGCUCAUGCUGUGGAAGACGCUGAGGAUCAGGUGAAUCAGAAGGACCUCGACUUACAGAUUCUGAGGGCUCAACUCAAACAAUUUGACGACGACACCCAGCGACUGAAUCGCGCCAGAAAGACAGACAAACAAAAGCUGGAGGAACUAAGGACUGAGAACGAACGUCUCGCGUAUGAGAACGAGGAGCUCGUGAAACAGAGUCAUGAACGUCAAUAUCAGUCUGGACAACACAAUGUGACGGAAGUCAUGGAGGAACAUGAACUGAUCAUGCAACUUGGUGGCUUCGAGCAGGUCGUCAAAUUCUUCGACAAAACACAGGAACGCGGUGGUGUUCGUAUGCUUGAGAGAGAGCACAAUCUAAUCUGUAAGCUUGGAGGUUACAAGAAGGCCAAGCGAAAGAUUAAGCCCUUGCGAACUUGCAACGCUCAUGCCGAGGUCGAGAGAUUGACGCAAGAGCUACAAAACUACACACGAAAAGGAGAGCGGUACGAAAACUUCUUCCGGGAACGUGGUUUACGCCGUCCACGUAACAAUUGUUCGCUGGAAUCGUUCUUGCAAAUGUCACACCAAGAUCUGGCCCAUCGCGCUUGGUCGAUCAGAGACCAAACGAAAGCGAUCGCGACCGAACUUUUGAAUGAAUUCGAUCAUCAGAGAGAGCAUGUCCAGCGUCUGCAGACAGAAAGGGAAGCCUUUACGCAGAUGCUUCGUCUUCGAGAAACUCGUCUCACUCAGCUCUCCUUGAACCAUGCGGCCGAUAUCAGAAUCAUGGUUCAACAAGUCUACAGUGCCCCAUCGACAGUAUCGUCUGUCCAGAUCCAUGCGAAUGCAAUCCUGGAAGCGGCAAAAGCUAGCGUAACAAAGCAAAUGCGCCAGGCACGAGCCUCCGACUCGCCAGAGACAUAG